AUGAAUGCUCUCAACUUUUUUUUACAGAGUUCACGAUUUCCACAGCCGCUGCUUGGAGUCGCAAGCUGCGAAUAUCGUGCCUUGCGAAAAGGAGAAUUGGAUUUGCACGUCGGAGAGAAGGUUGAAAUUCUCGAUGUAUCUUACGGUGUUUCUCAUGUGUUGAAAGAUGAUGGAACGUGUGGAAAUGUUCCGAGCUAUUUUUUGGAGCUUCGGGAUAUUCCAGGCAAUACCUUGGCCGAACAAAUAAGGUAAAA